AUGUCAAAAUCAAAGUCAAAGCGCAAUCGCAAUCGCAAUCGCAAUGGUCCUGGCAACGCAAACCAAACUGCGUCAAUGCCAACGCCAAUGACCACAAAAAAGGGCAAGCCAAACGCUGGAUUCCAGCAAAAACAAAGUGGGCAAUCAACACCCUCGGCAACAACUAUUUCUUCUGGUCCCUCUGCUCCUUCGUCUGCUCCAAGAAAUGCAUCUGCACGCGUACAACAUGGCAAAAGAAAAAAUGCCACUACGCAGCCACAUUGCCCAUCGAAAGUUUUCAAGAAACGUCGAUCGAACGGCUCAGCACCAGCAACCAAGGCGUCAAACAAUGCGUUGGCAGGCCGCAGGGGAACCAACCCAGGUUCCUCUCAGAGGCCCCAGGCCAAGAGUCACAAGCCUCAAGACUCAUCCUGCAACCCUUCGUCAAAGCCCUUCCAGCGUUCAUCUACAGUCGAAAGGAGCCAUGAUUUAGGGUCAAAAUCUCAAUUGGCCAAUCUAUCGAUGUCUCAACCACUGUCAAGAAUCCCGUCGCCUGUAUCAUCCUCACCACAAAAGUUUAUGUCCCUCAAUCCGACCACCCCAAAUCGCCACCAUGUUAUGGGACGCCAAACUUGUAGCCCAUCGCCAUCGGACUCUGAAGCUGACUCUGACUCUGACCCUGAUUCGGGAUCCCAAUCGAGUCGGGAAUCAACUUCGACGUCAUCCUUUUCUGCAAAGAAACAGUCCACAAAGAAAUUAAAUGCCGAAGAAGUGUCCAGUGACGACAACAAACACAAACCGGAUGGAUUGUCACAACCAAUAUCCGAAUCCAAUCUGGAAGUUUUGUCAGACUCGUCCUCGGAAUUCGACUCUGAAUCCGACUCUGAAUCCGAAUCCGAAUCUAGCUCUGGAUCGAGGUCGAGAAUGGACUUGGACUCUGAUGUCGGGAUAGAGUUGCAACAAGCACAAGAACCGAUAUUGCUCGGCUCGUCGCCUCGACAGUCGCAAACGGGGAUCAUUGACCUAACGGUUAACACUCCCAUCUCCCGCCGAGGCGACAGGAGUGAAAGUGAGAGGACAAGCACAUUGCCACCUUCCUCCUUGAUACUCGACAUGUCUCAACCAGAAUCAUCCUGCGCACCAGAACCCAGCCUACCACCAUUCCUCCCAAGCCCAGGGUUGGCAUCGUCCUCGAGAGCGCCUGGAGGCAAAUUUUGGCGCCAGGCCCGUGAGAAUCCCAGCGUUGUAAGGCAGACCUUGUCAGAAUAUGGUUCCAUUAUAGGGACUGAAUCAUCCUCCGGAGAUUCCGUGGCCCCAACUGAAUGGCUACCACACUCUGGUCCGGAAUCAGAUCGAGAACCAUUGCCAUGUCCAACGCCAGCAAGUCCAUCCUCUCGAUACAAACCAGUGAGACGCACAGUAUCAAAGUCACGACCAUCAAGUUCUACAAAAAAACGGACUUCUCGUCCCCAUCCCAGCUCGACAAAACCUGCGCAGUCCUCGAGCACAAUAGAUCACAUAACAAAACUGCGAUUUUUGUAUAAAGGCAUACCCUUUGGUGGCCAGGGACAGGACAAUCACAUAUCUGCGGAGCUUCCCGAUAAUAAUGACAGUGCCGAGUCUGAUGAUACCGAUUGUCCGGACGAUCCCGGUGAUCAUGAUUAUUCUGAUAGUUCUGGCGAUUCGGAUGAUUCGGAUGAUUCGGAUGAUUCAGAUGGUCUGGAGUUUGUGGAUUCUGUUUCCGAGAUUUCAGCGGCCCGGCGGCCUACAUUGCAAUCUUCAGAACGUUCGAUAAAUAUGGAUAUGAGUCCAGGGAUGGCUGGGUCAGCGGAACCCGACUUGUCCUCAGACAACGAAGUAUCCACGAACUAUGAUGGCUCUGCGGAGAUUGAGGGACUGUCAUCCCAAGAGCUGGCACGACUCUGGGCCCAGAUAUCAUCGGACGCUGGAAAUUUGGAACGGGAACGGAAAAAAGCAAAAGCUAUCUCAUUACAAAAGAAACGUGAAUCGGAAGAGCAGCGCAAGCGCACCAUCGAAAGAAAUAAAGAGCAAGCGAGGCGACUGCGAGAGCAGAAGGAGAAACAAAGAGAAGAGCGAGAGACAAAGAGGAAACGGGAAUUGCACGCCCAGAAGCGACGACAAGAGCAGCAAGAACUGAGGAAUAGGAGACCGCAGGAUAAUUCUGAUUCCUUGGAGGAGGUGUUAAAACGCGACAGGCUACUGACAGUACAAUCGAAGCCGCCUGCGCAACUACGUAUGGGGGUUAACCACGGUCUCAGUCUCGAAUAUCGGAGAAGAGCAUCCAGACUUGUCCGCCCCUGUUCGAUGAACCAAAUCAAUAACGGACGGAAUGGGGUUCAACGAGAUAUCCACCAUUUGGAGGCAGUUGGGGCAGAUGCAUGA